UGAUGGUGAAGAGAGAGAUGUUGCUGAUAGUGAGGAGGAAAAGGAAGUUGACAGUGAUGAGACAGAUGCUGAGUGGUUUAUAAAUUUCUCUUGUAUGUUGAAUGAAGUUGAAGCUGAAGUUGAGACAGAUGGUUAUCAUUCAGAGGAGCUUAAUAUCCCCAUUAGUAGUGAUGAUGAAGAUGAGGAUGUUGAAGUUUAUCCUCAAUAUAGUCAAAGUAGUGGAGUUGGUGAACAGAAGUUGGAAUUAGGGAUGGAGUUUGGUACUCUAGAUGAAUUUAAAUCUGCCUUGAGGGAGUAUAGCAUAUUGAUGGGCAGGGAGUUCAAGUGGAAGAAGAAUGAUAAACAGAGGGCUAGAGCAAAAUGCAAGAAGGCAUUUUGUGAUUGGGAAAUCUACUGUGCAAAGAAUGAAGUUAGAAACUCUUUUCAGAUAAAGACAUUUAAGCAUAACCAUAAUUGCUGCAGAGAAGUGAACAACAAACAAGCAAAUAGACAGUGGGUGGUCAGUAAACUUGAGGGCAAACUCAGAAUGCAGCCAACCCUUAAAUGUGUUGAAGCUUUGGAAUAUUUCAAGCAAGAGUUUGGAGUGCACAUUGAAGUUACAAAGAUGUGGAGAGCCAUGAAAGAAGCAAAGCAAUUAGUGGAAGGGAAUGAGAGGAAACAAUAUGCCAAAGUAUUUGAUUAUGCACAUGAAUUGUUGAGGAGCAAUCCUGGAUCAACAGUUAAGAUCAACACAGUGCCAAGUCCAGAAGGUCCACCACAAUUUCAGAGGCUAUAUAUUUGUCUUGCUGGCUGUAAGAAGGGGUUUGUUGCUGGAUGUAGACCAUUCAUAGGUCUAGAUGGAUGUUUCCUAAAGAGUGCAUUUGGAGGAAACUUGCUCUCUGCUGUUGGGCUUGAUGGCAAUAACCACAUCUAUGUUAUUGCUUAUGCUGUUGUGGACAUUGAGAACAAAGACAAUUGGAAAUGGUUUUUAACUUUGUUGCAUAAAGAUCUUGGGGAUUACAUACAGAAUGGGUGGAAUUUCAUGUCAGACAUGCAAAAGGGACUUAUUCCAGCUUUACAGGAAGUCAUGCCUGGUGCACCUCAUAGAUUUUGUGUCUUGCAUCUUUGGAAAAAUUUUACAAAGCAAUGGAAAAGCAAGGAACUUAAAGGAAUUGUGUGGCAAUGUGCAAAAUCCACUACUGUUGCUGAGUUUGAAGGCCAUAUGGCCCAUUUGAAGACAAUCAACUGCCAGGCUUGGGAGUAUUUGAAUAAAUGGCCCAAACAAGCAUGGACAAAAGCCCACUUCAGUACAAUACCCAAGGUGGACAAUAUAUGCAACAACACUUGUGAGGUAUUCAAUUCCAGAAUUCUGCACUAUAGAUGCAAGCCUAUUAUCACAAUGCUUGAAGAAAUUAGAAGUUAUAUCAUGAGAACCAUGGCUGCCCGCAAGGUUAAACUUUCUGGAAAACCUGGACCAUUAUGUCCAGUGCAGUAUAAAAGACUAGAAAAAGAAUUCCAUUUUGCUAAUCAAUGGACUCCCAUUUGGUGUGGUGAUAACAUGGGCCUGAGAUAUGAGGUCCACAUGUGGGGGAAUAAGGUUGAGGUCAAUUUAGGUGAAUGGACAUGCACUUGUGGAGUAUGGCAACUAACAGGGAUGCCAUGCCGACAUGCCAUUGCAACAAUAACUCACAAAGGAGGGAAGCCUGAGGACAUGUGUCAUGAGUGGCUGUCAAUAGAAGCUUAUAAUAAGACAUACCAGCAUUUUAUUGAACCAGUCCAAGGACCACAAUAUUGGGCCCAGACACAGUAUACACACCCUGUUCCACCACAUAAAAAGGUCCAAAGAGGAAGGCCAAAGAAAAAUAGAAGGAGAUCUGUAGAUGAGGACAAUGUCACAGGACAUAAGCUAAAGAGGAAAUUGGCUGAGUUUACAUGUGGAAGGUGUGGCCAAACCAAUCAUAACAUUAGAAGCUGUAAAAAUAUUGGAGUUCCUGUUAGGCCAAAGAAAUAUGUUGCACCAUCAACUUCAAAUGAGGAUGACCACCUAUUAUCUCAAGAUGAACAAGCUUUGAAUGAGGCUGAAGAAGCUGCUGCUCAUGUUCAACAAGAUCCGGUGGAGAUUAAUUUAUCUCAGCCUCAUUUGUCACAAGAUAGUGACAUGGAGUUUAUGGUCCCUGCAACUAUUGUUCCACCAAUAGCAAGGAAUAAGCUAGCCAUAACAAGAGCCAAAAAAAGGAAGGUUGCUGAUAAAGAUGAUGCAGAAAACUGAAGAAGCAUUUUUUGUUGCAUUUUGAAGGUUGCUGAAGGUUGCUGAAGACCCAUUUUUUGUUGCGCAUUUUGAAGGU